GUAAAGGGACGAUGCGAUCGGGCUAACUAGUGCAGCACCUAGUAAGAGCGAGAAAGCUAGAGAGAGUGAGUGUGUGUGUGUGUGUGAAGCGAGGGGGGAGAGAGACAUUGGCAUCGAGUAAAGAGAGUGUGGAUUGAGUGAGUGUACUCGUGGCGAGAAACAUCGUCGCCGGCGUUGUUGAGAUCCAAUGCGAAAGGCACUGAUUCAAUCUAAAUCGGAAAUAUGAAAGGCGGAGGAGUCGGUGGUGGUGGUGGAGGAGGAGGAAAACGCCGGUGGAAAGUUCUGGUGAUUGGAGUGUUGGUUCUCGUUAUCCUCUCAAUGCUGGUUCCUCUUGCUUUCUUGCUCGGCCUUCACAACAGCUUUCACUCUCCAGGAAUCGUCACUGUCCAGCCUUCUUCUCCUUUCGAGAGAAGCAGAACCAAUGCUACUAACCAUUCACAGGUACUGUUAAACUUUCGUUUCAUUUAUUUCGAUUUAAUUCGUAUGCUGGUUCUCGAUCUCCCUUCCUCGAUUUUACAGAGAGAUCUAUCUAACAGAGUGGAUCAGGUUCUCCAGAAAAUCAAUCCAGUGCUUCCCAAGAAAACCGACAUUAACGCUGGUUCCAGAGAUAUGAAUAGGACAAGCAUCAGUGAUUCUAAAAACAGAGGAUUACCAGUGUCCCCAGCUGUUGUUGCCCAACCGAGCCCUGCAAAUAAAACAAUAACCGAAGUAUCGCACAAAGGUGGUCAGGGGGCAAUGGUAAAUGCUGUUGAAACUCAGAGAACUUGUCAAGUGGAAUAUGGGAGCUACUGCCUCUGGAGGGAGGAAAAUAAGGAGCCCAUGAAAGAUGCCAAGGUGAAGCACAUGAAGGACCUCCUAUUUGUGGCUAGGGCAUACUAUCCAAGUAUUGCUAAAAUGCCUUCUCAAAGCAAGUUGACUCGAGAUAUGAAACAGAAUAUCCAAGAGUUUGAGCGUAUUCUUAUUGUAAGUUCAGCAGAUGCUGAUCUUCCACCACAGGUUGAUAAAAAUUUUGAGAAGAUGGAAGCUGUAAUUUCAAAGGCAAAGUCUUUUCCAGUCGACUGUAACAAUGUUGACAAGAAACUGAGACAGAUCCUGGACAUGACCGAGGAUGAAGCUAGUUUCCACAUGAAACAGAGCGUGUUCCUCUACCAGCUUGCAGUACAUACAAUGCCCAAGAGUCUUCAUUGCUUGUCAAUGAGACUAACUGUGGAGUAUUUCAAGUCAGGUUCAGUUGAUACUGAGGAUAGUGAGAAAUUUUCAGAUCCCUCAUUGCUUCACUUUGUUGUCAUCUCCGACAAUAUACUUGCAUCUUCCGUUGUUAUCAACUCAACUGUUUUACACGCAAGGGAAAGUAAAAACUUUGUUUUCCAUGUAUUGACAAACGAGCAGAAUUACUUUGCGAUGAAACAAUGGUUUAUCAGGAAUCCCUGCAAACAAGCAGCUAUUCAAGUAUUGAACAUUGAAAAGCUCGAGCUGGACAAUUCUGAUGUGAAGCUCUCUUUGCCUGCGGAGUUCCGUGUCUCCUUCCUCAGCGGCGACAAUUUGGCAUCACAAGGGAAACGAACACAUUACUUAUCCCUGUUCUCUCAAUCUCACUACCUCUUCCCAAAGAUAUUUCACAAGUUGAAAAAAGUUGUGAUUCUGGAUCAUGACGUUGUAGUCCAGCGAGACUUGUCUCCUCUUUGGGAGCUUGAUAUGGAAGGAAAAGUGAAUGGUGCAGUGAAAGAGUGCUCUGUGAGAUUGGGUCAGCUAAAGAGUCUCAAGGGAGGGAGUUUUGAUGCUAACGCUUGUCUCUGGAUGUCUGGAUUGAAUGUCAUUGAUCUUGCUAGAUGGAGGGAACUGGGAGUUUCAGAAACAUACCAGAAAUUUUACAAACAGAUGAGUGGUGGAGGUGAGUCGAGAGAAGCAAUUGCAUUGCAAGCAAGUUUGCUCACGUUUCAAGACAAAGUUUAUGCUCUUGACGACAAAUGGGCUCUAUCAGGGCUUGGUUAUGACUACUACAUCAAUACCCAAACGAUAAAAAACGCAGCCACUCUGCACUACAAUGGGAACAUGAAGCCGUGGCUAGAGCUGGGAAUCCCACAGUACAAAACCUAUUGGAGAAAGCAUCUGAAUCGGGGAGAUCGAUUCUUGAGUGACUGUAACGUGAACCCUUGAUGAGAGUAAGUAAAAAGGCUACAGGGCCAAUGCUUUAGAAGCAGGCAGACGCAAAGAAAAGAUUUAGAGUUGGUGGUUAAGCAGACAUCUCAUUUUUGGUGGGGGUAAAUAAACCCGAAUGCAUUGCAGUGAGAAAUGCUGAAGGGAAGAGUGCAAGCAGAAGUGGGUUUUAAAAUUGAUAGCAAAUUGAUUUUUAAGAGACUUAAUCAAGAUGAUUUAAAAUCAGCUUUGAUUAAAAAAAAAGAGUAUGUGAAGAAAACUUUGAUGUUGUAUAUGAUUUUUGGCAGAGGUGUGUGCCAAUUCUUUUCCUCGUGUUAUAUUUUCCCAUUGUUCAUGUGUCAGUUUUUACUUUUGUUGCGUUUGACUUGAUAGAAAGUGAUGAGAAUUUUUAUC